AUGGACAGGUGCCCAUGGAGGAGACACGGACGUGGACCGGACACACAGGACGGAGGCACCGAAGGAUAUGGACAACGGAGGGUGGCCGGACACGAGAGGGAGGAACAAUCGGCGGACGGAGACACGGACAGGGAGGAAGGACAGGACAUGGACAUGGCCGAGACAACGGACAGGAGGAGACACGGACCGGACACGGAGUGGAAAACAGAGGAGGGACAUGACGAACAAGGAGGACACCGAGGACAAGGACGGACGGAGAGGAAAGAGUGGAGACAACGGAACAGGAGGAGACAACGGACAGGAGGACACGGAGGCACCACGCCCGCGGGUGGAGGCAGACAACGGAGGAGGAGGAGGCAGACACGGAGGACACGGAGUGGAGGACAACGAGGAGGGUGGAGGACAAGGAUGGAGAUAGACGGAGAAUGGACAAGGAGGUGGACACGGAGAAUGACGGAGACAUGGACAGCAGGUGGAAAUGGAGGAAGUGGAGGACAUGGACAGAGGGAAGGAGUGGUAGACACGGACAGAAACAAGGAGUGGAGGAGACACGGACAGGAGGAGGAGGACACGGACAGGGAAGGAAGGAGACAGUGGAUGGACAGUGGAGGUCAAGUGGAUAGUGGACACGGACAGGGAGGAGGACGGAGGUGGAGACAACGGACAAGGCAAGUGGAGGACACAGAAUGGACAAGACACGGGAGGAUGGACGGCGGAGGAAUGGUGGACAUGGACAUGGAAUGGAGGGAGACAGUGGACAGGAGGAACAUGAGUGGAGACAUGGAGGGGGUGGCCGGGUGGAGGUAG